AUGGCAGGCUAUGGUGGAGCUGCAGACGGAACAGCUUAUAACCCUCAAAGUCAAAUGAAUUUGAGUUCACUCAAAAAUCAAAUAACAGAUGUCAAAAAGUCAAACAUAGACAUACAGAAACAAAUAAGUGAAAACGAAAAGAAACUAGAAUAUGACAGACACACAAAGAAACUCAAUGAGUUAAACGUAGAGAAAAAGAAGAAAGAAGAACAACUGAAAGAACUAAGUACAGAGGAAUAUGCGAAAAAAGUGUCAGAAAAAGCAGCAGAAGUAGCAAAAAUGGAACAAGAU